AUGUCAGUUGAUCUUCCGAGACGGCGCCGACGCCAAGGUGAGAGGGACACACGGCCGAAAACACUCUCAUCGUUGCCGCAACCCACGGCGAGAUGGCAAUCCUACGUCUUCCGCUGGCCCAGAAGCAUGUUAACCCCGGCAUUCGAGAUGACUCAAGUGAGCGCCUCUGUUACGCAGCAGAAAACGGGGCAUGAGGCGACGGUCCAGAUCCUGCUUGCUACAGACCGGGUAGACCCCAGUGCGCGAGACAACCGAGAACGCACUUUGCUAUGGUUCACGGUGCAAGGCGGCAGCAUUGCUAUCAUUCAGAUGUUACUGGCUAUGGGGAAAGUAGAGUUCGACUGCGAGGACAACGAUGGACGGACACCGUUGUUGCUUGCGGCUGCCGAGGGAGUGAAAGAGGCCGUGGAGGGCCUUCUUCGUCUGAAUCACGAGGGAUUGGUAGACCCGCAUCUGAAGGAUACAUACGGACGGACGCCGCAGUCUAUGGCAAUCAGGAAAGGUUAUACGAGAAUCGCGAGGCGGUUGUUUGCUGUUGAGGGGAUAGAUCCAGUCCUGAUUGACAGUAUGCAGAAUACUCCGCUUGUGUUGGGGGCGCGAAAUGGACAUGUUGAGGUAGUUGAGCUCUUCUUGUCAACGAGACGGGUGCGGAUUGAUUUGAGAGAUCGCAAUGGGUUUACGCCGUUGAUGCUGGCGAAGUGA